CUAUUAGAGGUCAGUGUGAGUCCGUCUAAUAGCAAGUGUUGCAGCACAGGGGCCUUUCAGAUAAACUACACCUCUCCACCUUUGGACACAAUCUCUGCCUUUUCCUCAUAUAAACACUGUUGGACUGGUCAGUGAAGAACAGCCAUGCAGGCUCAGGAAGUCCUGAGACAGCUGCGCAUUCCCGAGCUGGAUGACGUUCGGCAGUACGUGCGCGGCUUGCCCACCAACGCGCUCAUGGGUAUGGGUGCUUUCGCUGCCAUCACCACCUACUGGUUGGCCACCCGGCCAAAAGCCCUCAAACCACCAUGUGACCUCGGCCUGCAGUCAGUGGAAAUACCAGGUGGAGAUCGUAUAAGAAGAUCGGUACUGAACGAUAAUAACGAAUGCAUGACGCACUACUACAACGAUUCACGCACAAUGUACGAGAAUUUCCAGCGAGGGCUCAGAGUUUCGAAUAACGGACCUUGUCUUGGAUCCAGAAAACCGAACCAGCCGUACGAGUGGCAGUCUUAUAGAGAGGUGGCCGACAGAGCAGAGUACAUCGGUUCUGCUCUCCUUCACAGAGGACACUCUCAUACAGGAGACAAGUACAUUGGUAUUUUCUCACAGAACAGGCCAGAGUGGACCAUUUCAGAACUGGCCUGUUACACAUACUCCAUGGUGGCAGUCCCGCUGUACGACACACUCGGCACAGAGGCCAUCGCCUACAUUCUCGACAAAGCUGUCAUCUCAACAGUGAUCUGCGAUGUUCCCGAAAAGGCUCGGAUGAUUCUGGACUGUGUCAGUGGGAAAGGGCGAACAGUGAAGACGAUUGUGCUCAUGGAGGCGUUUGACAGCGACCUGGUGACCCGCGGACAAGAGUGUGGCAUUGAGAUCCUGAGUUUGAAGGACUUUGAGGCCUUGGGUAAAGCCAACCUCCAGAAACCAGUGCCCCCUAAACCAGAGGACCUCGCACUUAUCUGCUUUACGUCUGGAACCACAGGAAACCCAAAAGGUGCAAUGCUUACUCAUGGAAAUGUAAUCUCCAACACAGCAGCUUUCAUUAGAGUAACACAGGGCUCACUGAGGCCCAGUGCUAAAGAUGUGCUCAUCUCCUUCCUCCCAUUGGCCCAUAUGUUUGAGAGGGUGGUGGAGGGUGUCAUCCUCAUCCACGGAGCCAGAAUCGGCUACUUCCAAGGGGACAUUCGACUUUUGAUGGAUGAUUUGAAAACGCUGCAACCAACGGUGUUCCCUGUAGUCCCACGUCUCCUCAACCGCAUGUUUGAUAAGGUAUUUGGUCAGGCCAAUACUCCGCUGAAGAGAUGGCUGCUCGAUUUUGCUUUCAGGAGGAAGGAGGCCGAGCUGAAAAAUGGCGUGGUCAGAACGGACAGCAUGUGGGACAAACUCAUCUUCAAAAAAGUACAGGCGAGUCUGGGCGGUCGUGUGAGACUUAUGAUUACAGGAGCAGCACCUGUGUCCCCGACCAUCCUGACGUUCCUGCGAGCUGCUCUGGGUUGUCAGUUUUAUGAAGGCUACGGUCAAACUGAAUGUACAGCUGGGUGCACCAUGUCAAUGCCUGGAGACUGGACAGCAGGUCACGUCGGGCCUCCUCUGCCCUGCAACAUUGUCAAACUGGUGGAUGUGGCAGAAAUGAAUUACCUGGCAGCCAAUGGAGAAGGAGAGGUGUGCGUCAAAGGACCAAAUGUAUUCCAGGGAUACCUGAAAGACCCCGAGAAAACAGCCGAGGCAAUCGACAAGGACGGUUGGCUGCACACAGGAGACAUUGGGAAAUGGCUUCCUAACGGCACUCUGAAGAUCAUUGACAGAAAGAAGCACAUUUUCAAGCUCGCACAAGGAGAAUACAUCGCGCCCGAGAAAAUAGAAACCGUCUAUAAUCGCAGUGAUCCUGUGGCCCAGAUAUUUGUCCAUGGUGACAGCUUACAGGCCUGCCUGGUGGGGAUAGUGGUGACCGAUCCAGACUUUUUACCUAUAUGGGCCAAGAAGAAAGGGUUUGAAGGAUCCUACUCUGAACUGUGCAAGAGCAAGGAGGUGAAGAACGCCAUUCUGGAGGACAUCCUGAGGUUGGGCAAAGAAGCAGGACUUAAGUCUUUUGAACAGGUGAGAGAUAUUGCGUUACACACUGAGAUGUUUUCUGUCCAGAACGGCCUCCUUACACCCACCCUGAAGGCCAAGAGGGCUGAGCUUCGGAGCUGCUUCAGAGAGCAGAUUGAUGAACUUUAUGCCAAAAUUAAGAUGUAAACUGGGAUCAAGGAGUAAUGUAGGGAGGUGACAAUCAUUUGGAGCACACAGCCAUAACCAAAUAGUCCAGUGAUGGGGAGUUCCCUUGAUUUUUCUGUCAGUGACAAUUUUUGCAGAGGACUGCUUUUAAACAAACUGGAUAAUGAAUCUCACUUUGAUGUUCAGUUAGUGACUUUACGACUGAAUUUUCCCCGGUAUCACUGGCUAAUUAGUUCGAAUUAUCCCAGAACAUGUCACUGUGUUACUGGUUUAAUUUAUAAAAGAGUAAAGGUUGAAAAAGACAAAGCGGAAAUGUGACUUUCUCAUGCCUUAACUACCAAGUCUGAGUACUCCAUGGUCAGAAAAGUCCAACCUCUGCAAACAUUUCAGUCAGGUUUAAUUCUUGGGAGUCUGAAAAAAUAAAAUCCUAUAAAUAUACUUUUACAACGGUGACAAAUAUUGACUAUUUAUAUACCAGACUAUUUAAUGUUUUGGUUAUCUAUUUAAGCUGAUAUUUAAUGUAAUCAUUAAACCUGUAAAUAGUGUAUUUGCUGAAAAUUUGUAAGCAGAGUAUUAUGCCUGACACUCCGUAUUGUUAAUUCCCUGCAUUCCCAUGUUUCUCAGUGCUUCAGGCUAAAGGACUGAUUAACCUGUUCUAGUGCACAAUUUAGCUAAUAGCCUACUGGGAAUCAUGCUGCUUGAUGGAUCUUUUUUGCUUAUUUUUUUGGUUGUUUUUGUUUUCUUUUAACACUGCAUGGAAAAUACUGAAUGUUAUAAUACUGUACAUGCAGUUCCUUUUCUCAGAUGUCCUUUCAAAUUUCAGUGCCACGAGCUGCAGGAUAAAAGGUGCAUUCUAUAAACUGUACGAUACACAAAGUAUUGAGGGGAAAGAUUAGGUAACACUGGUAUCAUGUUUCAUUUAACAAAGCCAGUUUUUCAAAAUUAAUUACAGGUCCUUGUCAGCAUUUCACCUUAACUUUUUACUGAUGGUCCGCGAAACCAUCAGUCUUGUGGGAAACAGAACAGCAUUUCAGUUAUUUAACAAAAAGCAUUGUUGUGAACUCGGAUGUUUUUGCUGAAUUGUGAUCAUUAUUAUGCACAUCUAAUCGUGUCAGUGACUCCUUGACAGUUCAAGCCAUAUUGUUAUUGUUUUUGUUAGAGACUCCUGUGAUACGAAAAGGGCAACAGUGCAGUUAUGUGCUGGAGUUACAAGUACAGUAUCUAUAUUUGUCAACUGUACCAAAUAAAUA